UGCAUUGCAGUCAAAUCAAAAUCAUUUUCUUGUUAGAGUUCUCAUUUUUCUUCUUCAAUAGUGUCUGUCUUACUUUCUUUCUGUGUGUGGCCACUGAACUACCUCAGUGUUCGCAUGUGUGUUGCUGUUCUCAGCAAAAUCCGAAGUCGCUUUCUCUCUGCCGGAAGAAAGAGAGAGAGAGAGGUUCAAUCCCAAAGGACAAAACGGGUGAUUACUCGAGAAAGAGGAGAGCCGUUGAGGCUUGGAAGAGAGCCAUUCAGUUCCGACCCUUUGGAACUUGCAUCAUGGCAAGGAAGAUGCAUGGUGCCCCUCAAAAGAAAGGUAAUGAUAGUCCAAAAGUUUCAGAAGCAAGAGAGGAUUCCAUAUCAACAACAUAUCAACAACAAAAUAAAUUCACAUCUUUGGAGGAUUGUCAAGAGUCUUCUCUUCCAAAGAUUAACCCUGAUAGUAGGUGUGCCAUCAUUACAAUCCUUUACAGUGAGGAUCAUGGAAUCUGGAAAGCUUUUGACGUACCAGUGCAGAUUUCCCAUCACAUUAACUUAGCUUCUGCUGUAACUAUGGAUGGUCUGCAACUUCUAAUCCCUCCAACGAUUAAUAGGUUGAAGAUUGAUCAAUGUAAAGGGCCUAGAGUGCCUCUUCCUCCCUAUGCUUAUUCAGCAAAAUCAUGUACAAAGAAAGGCUUUACUGGUUCAAAUGUGCACCGUCGAUGCCAAAACAAGAUUGCUAACAGAGCUUCUAAACUGAAUGAACACCCUGACAAUUCUUGUUCUCAAAGUUCAAUAGUCUGUGGCCCUGCCUUGUUCCCUGGUAAUUCUACUACAGUUAAUUCAUCUGAUAAGGGCACAAGUCAUUCCAAGGAAGAUGACAAAUCUUUAAAGAAAAACUCAAGAAAAAGGGUUAGAAAGAAAGAUAGACGGAGUAAGAAGAAGUCAAGUGACAGUGGCAUUACUGAACAUGAAGUUCUUAAUGAGGAAUAUGUCUCUGAGGGGAUGUCAAAAGCCUUUGCUCCUAUUGUUCAAAGUUCCGCUGGAGAAUGUGCCACAUUUGAAUCCAAGAACCAGCUCCAAGAUAGGGGCACUGAUUUUGCAGUCAUUGAUAGAGAAAUAAAGGACAUCCAACAUGUUGAGCCAUGCUGUUUUAAUGAUAUACAAGACUCUUUGGUGCUGGAUUCAGUUUCAGUUGGUUCCAGAAGUGAUGAAAGUAUCAAUGCUGUUGGUAUAGGAAAACAGUCCAACAAGGCAAAUUGCACAAACACUUCAGAUUCGGGAGAUGGAUAUUUUCUUGGUCCAAACUUAACGAAUGGUAUUCACAAAAACUGUGAACAUGCUGAGGGGAUUAAGCAUGGUGGUCAAAAUUGCAUCAGUAAUGAUAAAAGAGUCAAGCAGAAGAGAACAAUGUCAAAGAGUUCAAGCUUAAACAAAUUUGGGGGCAUUGGAGUUUUGCAUGGUCGAAAAGGAAAGGAAAACAGUCAUUCCGUGUGGCAAAAGGUUCAGAAGAACAGUUCUGAUGAAUGUAGUGGUGAUUUGAAGAAAGUGAACACUACUUUGUCACAAAUUGAUUCUACUGUGGAAAAGGAUCCUUCAGUUAUCAAAGAUUGUAGUUCUGUUGGUGUAAAUGGUGUAUCAAAAACUGAGGAUAAGAAACACUUGAAAAAUAAAAUUGGUAGGAAAUCAAAAGGUAAAAUGGAUUCAGUUUCAAAAAAGGGACAAGGCAAUUAUUCUAAGAAAAAUUUCCAUUUUAACAAGUCUUUGCCAAAUGAUCAUGGGAAGGUUAGUGUUCAAAAGAUUGAUAUGUUGAAUAUCUCAUCUGAUGAAAUUGAUCAACAAGGAUUGAACAUUGUCUCUGGAUUUAAUUCUGAUAUUAAUUGCCUGAUGGAUGGGGUUCAGACCAAUGGAUUUGAACAGGUAACAUCUGAAAUAGUUCAAAGCACACAAAUCUGUCUGGAGGAGUCAGAUCCACAAAAGGGUGCCUGUCAUACAAUUGUAAACACAAACAGUGAAAAUGUAGACAUUGAAGAUAGCUCAUUGGUAAUGCCAGGUGAGAACUUCAAUCAAUCAAAUAUGUCCGAGCAGCUGUCUCCAGUGUCUUGUAAUCUUGAAGGUGAUGAGGUUGGUCAAACAGAGAAAGAAGUUUCUUCUGCAGACUACUAUGCACAAAACCACAGUUCUGGACCUACCCUAUGGAAAUGGAUACCAGUCAGCAAAAAGGAUACAGGGUUGGAAAAAUCUGAAUCUAAUAGUUCACCACCAGAAUAUUCUGAUACAUCCUCUAGUAACAAUUUCAACUCUGAAAGCAGCGCUGAACCGGAAGUAGCCUCUUCUGAAAAUCUGGAUUCUUCACUAAAUGCAAGCAGAACAUGCUCCGGCCAGAUUUACAACAAAGUGUCUUGUCCAGAUGAGAAGAAACAUAAAAUGGGUAGUCAGGUUGCAUGUGCAUUCACAGAGCACAGGAACAAGCAUAAAGUUGCUAAUCACAUUCUUUUUGAAUGUGAAAAUCCAGAGAUGUUAGAAAAUGAUUCUUACAGAAUAGCUCAAGCCGUGAAUGAUGCUUGCAUGGCACAACUAGCUUGUGAGACUGUACACAUGGCUACUGGUGGUCCAGUUGCAGAGUUUGAAAGACUACUUUAUUUUUGUAGUCCUGUUAUUUGUAAAUCACUCAAUUCACUUGGUUGCUCAUCCUGCUCAUGCAACCAUGCUGGUGGUGUCUCACUGUGUAGACAUGAGAUCCCUAACCUAUCUUUGGGAUGCCUCUGGCAGUGGUAUGAAAAACAUGGGAGCUAUGGGUUAGAGAUUAGGGCUCAGGAUCUUGAAAAUCCAAAAAGAGAAGGAAGUGUUGGUGAUUUCCCAUUUCGUGCCUACUUUGUCCCUUCUUUAUCAGCAGUUCAGUUGUUUAAGAACCGUGAAAACCAAUGCAUAAACAGCAGUGACAAGCUUCCAAAUUGUGAGGAUUCAGAGGCAUGUGAAAUGGUUGACAUUUCAAAAAACUCAUCUACUGCCAGUCAACAUUCUAUAUUUUCUGUUCUCUUUCCUCAACCUCGCAAUCAGGAGGCAUGCAUUCAACCACCAAAGGAGACAGCUUCUAUCAAUAAUGUAUCUAUUCCGUCUAUCAACUCAACAUGCUCUGGUGAUGUAGAACUUCUUUUUGAAUAUUUUGAACUUGAGCAGCCUCAACAAAGACAACCUCUGUAUGAAAAGAUUCAAGAACUGGUUAGAGGCAAUAUACCAAUCCAAUCUACAACUUAUGGGGAUCCAACCAAACUGGAUUCAUUAAAUCUGAGAGAUCUUCACCCUAGGUCUUGGUUCUCAGUUGCAUGGUAUCCUAUUUACCGCAUACCAGAUGGCAACUUUCGUGCAUCUUUUUUGACUUACCAUUCCCUUGGGCAUUUGGUUCCUAGAAGAACUAGUUCAGAUUUGUCUAUACUAGGUUCUUGCAUAGUAUCUCCAGCUGUGGGUCUUCAAAGUUACAAUGCCCAGGGAGAAUGUUGGUUCCAGAUGAAGCCUUCUGCACAGACAUCAGAAAUGGUGGGCUUAGACCCUUCUUUACUUCUUAAAAAGCGUUUGAGGACACUUGAGGAAACAGCAUCUCUCAUGGCAAGGGCUGUUGUCAACAAGGGGAAACUAACCUGUACAAACAGACAUCCUGAUUAUGAGUUUUUCUUGUCUAGGCGACGGUAUUGAAUAUUGAUUCUUCAAAUUUUCUCACCAUAAAAUAACUAUGGUUAGGCCAGAUAAUAGUUACAACUUACAAAUGAUUUUGGCUACAUUCAUCACAUAGUAGGAUAUAUGACCCAAAUAAGAUCCAAGUGUGAUUGGUCUUAUGGCAUGUGUCUUUAGGUCCUAGUUUCAACAUCAAUUCGUUUGUACAUAGCAGCUUUGUGCAGUACCCUUUUUUCGCCUUUUCAAUUCUUACUUUCAAUUUUGCUUCGGGUUUUAGAGAGAACAAUAAACAUCUAGUGCUGAUUGUGAGAUAUUAGCAGUCAUUGUGGAUUUUUCCCUAUAGUUCAGUUUAUGUUUCUUGUUUUCCUUAGCUUGAAGGUAGUGAAUGCUGCCAUAUGUGCGUUCAUACAUGAUUACUUUUAUUACAUUCAUACUUAACAA